GGCGCUUCUUGUCCGCCCUCCGCCGAGACUAGUCCAAAGCAGCUCUCUCUGCCCGCUCACACUGGACAGAGCGAUGCGCACUCGACUAACUUGAGCAAUUUUUUUUUGGUCUGACUAAAAGUCCCUCAUCCUCUUUCACCAUUACGCCCCACCGAGGCUCUGCGGGUUUUCUGUCGUCCCUUGGUCUCCGCACCGCGCGGAGGAAGUGGUCGGUGGUGAUUGUGGUCACCGCUGUCGUGAUGAUUCUGCUGGCUUUGGCCGUCGCGGUGCCGCUACUCCUCCUGCGCCCCUCUGAGACUUCUGCUCACUAUUACGAGAUGAUGGGCACCUGUCGGAUGGUGUGCGACCCGUACACCGCCAAACCGGGAGGAAACGCCGCCGGGGAGGAGACUCAGACAGUUAACGGCAUCGCUCCGCUCCCACCCAUGGCACAAGGAAGCCGCGGGGAACCAGGGCGGCCGGGUAAACCGGGAGCGAGGGGCCCACCGGGUGAGCCAGGACCCCCGGGUCCGAGGGGGCCCCCGGGGGAGCGUGGUGGCAGCAAACUCGCCUUCCCGGCUUUGACCACAGCAGCCGGGGGAGAGCACGGGGAAACGGACGCUGGCAACUCAACGACCGGUGGUACCAGAGUCGCUUUUUACGUGGGCUUGAAGAACCCACAUGAGGGAUACGAGGUGUUAAAGUUUGACGACGUCAUUACAAACUUGGGGAACCUCUACGAUCCGAGCACCGGGAAGUUCACCUGUCAUGUGUCCGGGAUCUACUUCUUCACUUACCAUGUGCUGAUGCGGGGAGGAGACGGGACCAGCAUGUGGGCUGACCUGUGCAAAAAUGGGCAGGUCCGAGCCAGUGCCAUAGCUCAGGAUGCAGACCAGAACUACGACUACGCCAGUAACAGUGCCGUGCUGCACUUGGACUCAGGCGACGAGGUGUAUGUGAAACUGGACGGUGGCAAAGCUCACGGAGGCAAUAAUAACAAGUACAGCACCUUCUCUGGCUUCAUCCUAUACCCCGACUAGGCCACUGCAAAGUCAUCACUACAACUGUUAAUUAUUUCCAUGGGAGUGUUUUGGUUACAAUGUGUUUUUGUCUCGCAAGUUAAAAGAUGGACAGCUUCCUCACAACCGAGGUGAAUAUGAUAUUCUUCUUCAAGGGAGUAAUGGAUGAACGGUGUGUGAUAUUCCCAACAUCAGUCAGAUAAGCUUGUUAUAAAUCUUGCUGUUAAAACCUGGUCGUAUGCAGCAUUUCAAAGACAGAAUACAUCAAGUUCAGACUUGAUGAGCAAUCUAAAUCUGAAUUAGUCUGUUUCGGCGCAGCACACAACUACUGGAUGAACUCACUAAUCUGCUGUUAAAAUGAAUUUCAAUGACUUGUGGCUCAUGUUACACACAAUUAGUAUCUUCUCUAUGGUUACACAUUUUUUUCUGUACCCUGCCUCUCACCCAAAGUCAGCUGGGAUAGGCUCCAGUAUACCACAUGACCCUAGAAAAUGAAUGAAUUAAUAAAAUGUGCUUUUAAUAGAUCAUUUCUUCUAAAAGCGCGUGCAGCGUCAGUUUCCAAAUUGGGUUUAACACCUAAAACAAGCAGAUACGUCCAUCCUCCUCUCGUCAUCCACAUUGCCAAAGGGAGCUGGACCCAUCUGAUCACACAGAACAGGGUCGGCAAAGGACAAGCGUGGGGGGGCGGGGAUCCCGAUCUGGGGGCCAAAAUGUCUCAAUAAAUUAUUUUUUGUGUUUGUUGUUUCUUUUUUUUUUUUUUUUGCUGUUGGUGAGCAAAAUGGUGUUUCCGUGUUUGACAAAUGAACUAAUAAAGAAUGCACUCAUUUAUAUUUACUUUUCAUACAUGUCAAUAAAUAUUGUUUAAAGACAGUGUAUCGGCUUUGAAGGCAUUCUACCUUCUUUUCAUUGCUCUUGGGUAUGUCGUUGCUAGAAAAUUUCUGGCCACUAUAGUAAUUUUAGCAAUACUUUACUGACUAUGUAUAACUAAAAU